AUGUCCAAAUCGAUUCUCGUAACAGGUGCCAACUCCUUCAUUGGUGGCUGGAUUAUUAAAUAUCUUCUCGACAAAGACUACAACGUUCGUGGAACAGUUCGAUCACAAGCCAAAGAAUCACGAGUUCUUGAUGGUAUUCCAAGCGAUCAACAAUGUCGAAUUUCAUUCGUGCAUAUUAAUGAUAUUACGACAGAUUCGUUUUAUGAAGCUCUUCAUGACAUUGACGGCAUCAUUCAUGUUGCUUCACCGGUGCAUUUGACAGUUACGGACCCAGAAAAAGAUUUUCUCUUGCCAGCCAUCAAUGGAACCAUAAACGUCCUACAUGCUGCUCACAAAUACAAUCAAAACCAUCCGAAGAAAAUUAAAAGAGUCGUGAUUACAUCGUCAUUUGCUGCGGUUAACGAUGCAAGUAAAGGAGUUCGAUCUGACUAUUCCUACACCGAAAAAGAUUGGUGUCCAUUGACUUACGCAGAUGGAUUAACUGCUAAAAAUGAUCAUCUCACAGCUUAUCGAGCAUCAAAAACUUGUGCUGAACGUGCUGCAUGGGAAUUUCUUGACAAAGAAAAGCCUUCUUUCACCAUAGCCACCAUCUGUGCACCGAUGGUGUUUGGUCCACGCAUCAAUGGUCUCCAGUCAUUAGAUGACAUGAAUAGCUCGAAUUCAUUUCUUUGGCUACUGAUUACAAGCAGCAAGGAUGCUCAAAUAUCAGAUUGA